AUGAAUCAAUUAAUAACAUAUAAUAAUCCGAAUGAUGGGGUCACUUCUCGACGGUACACCGCUUUUCCACUUAACUCAACUUUGAUAAGUACAUAUACAUCAGAUACAAUUCGUAGUAUUAUCAAUCAUGCCAUUACGGGAAAACCUUACACUACGGCUGUUUGGAUUCGUAUUAGUCGAGUCGGGAUUCAAAUCAAAGCACAAGAUCCGCAAAUUGCACGUACACGUAUACCAGUAUUUAUUCCUAUUGCACAUGUUCAUGACAUCUUUAUGCAACCAAAUAUAAAUAAUGUGAUUUGUAUUGUUUAUGAAGAAGUCAAAUCGAAUAUGAAAGGUGUUCUUCUUUAUGUCGUUCAUCCAUCCGAUGCACAUUUGAUCCGCGAUGAUUUCCGUCAUGUGAAACAAUCAUCAUUUAGCAAAGGUGCUGAAAAUCAAAUUAUGGUCGAAGCCAAAUCACCUGAUAACAAACAGAUAGUAUCUCCAACCUCGCAAAAAUCCAACGAAACCUUUCGUAAUGGUAAAGGCAGUCGACAACAGUCGCCGAAACGAAUUUUAUAUGUACGUGACAGUGAUAUUAAUGCAACAAGAGAGAAAACGCCGUCGUCAGCUCCUCCAUUGCCUCAACUUAGUUAUACGCCGUUUAAUAACAGUUAUCAUAGUAGUCGAGAUGAAAGUGCAAACUAUCGCCGACAUAAGAGUCCACGCAAGAACAAAACAGGACACUCGUCAAGUAAAACGGCAAGUGAUAGCGGAAGUAAACAUCGACGUAAACAUCGAUCACGAUCGCCGCAGAAAUCGACUAAACCAAAAGUAGCUGAGGACACUGCCAGUCAAACAUCACCGAUAGAACCACAAGAUCAACAAGUUCAACAACAGCAGUCGCCGUCGCAGCAAUCGCUACAGCAACAGCAACAGCAGCAACAACAACAACAACAACAACAACAACAACAGCAGCAGCAGCAGCAAUUGCAACAACAGCAACUACAGCAGCAACAGUUUCAGCAGCAACAAUUACUUUUCCAACAACAGCAAAUAGCUGCAUGGCAAGCUGCGCAACAAGCACCCGUUGUUCCAAUGGGAAUCUAUAACCGCUAUGUACCUAAAGUAAUUCCGUUACCAACGGGCGAAAAAAUCAAGACUACUCUUUCACCUUCGAAUACCAAUGGUAUGAUUGUUGCUCAUAUUGAACCACAACAAGCUUCUAAUAGCGAUGCAUACAGUCAGUCACCAACACGUUCUCGUUCGGUUUCACCGAAACGUCCCGAUCAAUCGUUCCGAAGUCGUCCACUGAGUGCGGAAAAUGCCGAAGCAUCAGCUAUUCUUAUCCAAUCAUCUCAUCACCGUCAUCAUCAUCAUCGACGACAUCAAAUGAAUGGACAGAGUCAUUCAGUUUCCAAACCCGAAGCCAAACUCUAUAAUACAAUCUCUCAUCCAUCUCGCAUGCGCUUAAAAUAUGGGCCACCAACGAAUAAUAACAAUAAUAAUAAUAAUACCGAAUCAGAAAGUGAAACCAAACAAUAUUUAAAACGUUUAAUUGAUGACAUGCAUGCAAUGAAGGUAGAAAUGAAUAAAAUGCGUUUGGCAUCUUCAUCCGUUGGAACUUCUCGUGGACGUUCAGAUUCCUUACGACUGAAUUUGAAGGAACUACGUAGCGAUAUUGACGCUAUUCGUGCUCGAAUGGCAAUGACGCCGCGAGUUUAUAAUCCAUAA